GCUUUGUACCGAAGUGGAUAGAGAGCGGAAAGCCAGCAAGACACCAACGAGGGAAACUAAAUCGGAUAAGGACUCUUUGUCAGGGAUCGGAACAUUUGACUGUCAUCAUGCCGAGAAUAGACAAUGACAUCAAACUCGACUUCAAGGAUGUGUUGUUUCGACCUAAAAGGAGCACUUUGCGUAGCCGAUCUGACGUGGAUCUUGUUAGAACGUUCCAGUUCCGGAAUUCAGGCCAGACAUACUCUGGUAUCCCAAUUAUGGUAGCCAACAUGGACACAACAGGAACUUUUGAGAUGGCAAAAGCUGUUGGAAAGCAUCUGAUGUUCACUGUCAUACACAAGCAUUAUACAGUAGAUGACUGGAUUGAGUUUGCCAAGAAUAACAAGGAUAUUUUAGAGCACGUGGCAGCCAGUACUGGGACAGGCUCUGGUGAUUUAAAGAAGUUGAAGGACAUACUUGAUGCUGUCCCUGAUAUCAAAUAUCUAUGUGUAGAUGUUGCCAAUGGUUAUUCUGAACAUUUUGUACAGUUUGUGCGGGAUUGUCGUAAAGAAUUCCCCAAACAUACCAUUAUGGCAGGUAAUGUGGUUACCGGGGAGAUGGUGGAGGAGCUGAUACUGUCUGGUGCCGACAUUAUCAAGGUUGGUAUAGGACCUGGCUCUGUGUGUACCACCAGGAAGAAGACUGGGGUAGGAUACCCUCAACUUAGUGCUGUCAUAGAGUGCGCAGAUGCUGCCCAUGGUCUUGGUGGGCACAUAAUUUCUGAUGGUGGAUGUACAUGUCCUGGUGAUGUAGCUAAAGCAUUUGGAGCUGGUGCUGACUAUGUAAUGGCCGGUGGAAUGUUUGCCGGUCACGACGAGUCUGGUGGAGAGAUCGAGGAGAAGAACGGGAAAAAAUUUAAAAUGUUUUAUGGUAUGAGUUCAGCUACAGCCAUGAAGAAACAUGCAGGAGGAGUUGCAGAAUACAGAGCGUCAGAGGGUAAGACUGUACAGAUUGACUAUCGUGGACCCGUAGAAGUUACUGUACAAGAUAUACUCGGUGGUCUUCGAUCAACUUGUACGUACGUAGGUGCUGGUAAACUUAAAGAACUGAGUCGUAGGACAACAUUUAUACGGGUGACACAACAAUUGAACGAGGUGUUUGCUGCUAGUACCAAGGAACAUUGAUAAACCGAAGAUCUUGUUUGGCUUUUUAUGUGGUUUUAUUUUUAUUCCUAGGCUUUGAAAGCUUAUUCAACACAUUCUGUUCCCUUUGUUCCUCAUAUACAAUAUUAUUUGAUGUUUUAAUCACAGUGAAAAUUUAUAAUUUUAUGAACAAUAAUGACAUGAAAAAAAAUCAGCGUGAACAGGUUAAAUGAAGCGUUGAUAGUAACUUUGUUGUGUUCUGUUUAUUCAUUGAUGUUAAGUUUGUAUUUUAUAUUGAAACAAGUUUUGUUAUAAAUGUUACUUAACAUUAUUAAUUUACUUCAGUAGCUUUGGUGCUAUGUUAAAACUAUCAAUAUAGAACAAUUUGGCAUGAUUUGUAGACAUAGUGUUCGGUUGUAUAGUGAUAUUGAUUAAAUUAUAGUUCUGGCUUGGAGAUGAAAAAUAUAGAUUUGCUACAGCUCUGAUAUUGUUACAUUGUUGUUAAUUUUGAGCUGUUUAUAUUGAGUCUUAAUUUUCUGAAUGUCUAAAAAAUGAUGUAUAGGGUCAAAGAGGAUGUACUGUUGUGGGUUUUAUAAUGCCAUAUCUAUCACCUUGUUUGACCUUUAUUCAGAAUAUCUAUACCGACCUGUCUAUUAUAAAUGCAAGGAAUGUGGCGGGGUAUUUUUCUUUUGUGAUAUUUAAAAGGACUAUAAACCAUGCAUCACCUAUUAAGAAGUGGUUUGUCCAUCUUAGCAAAUGGUAAUGGUUUGGAAAGUGUUGUUGAUGAGAUAUGAAAUUCAAUAAUAUCAAAAAAUUUAGGUAUAUAUUGUUGUUAUGACCAAGCAGUAUCAAAUUUUGUGAUUAUACAACAUUAAUUUCCAAAUAGAUAUCAAUUGAUAAAUCAUUCUAAUUUCACAGAAUAGAUCAAAGCAGCAUCCCUCCAGAUUCAUGCUAAUUUUCAUGAUUGUAUUUAAAUGUAUAAACAGUAAAAUAUCGUAAGUGAACAAAGAAAGUAUUUUUUUUAAUUGCAAACAGCACUUUAAACAACAAAAAUUACAAAAAAUAAGUCAGAAUAUGUUAAAUAGAAACACAGUAGUAAUAUGUUGAUAAAUACUGUUAAAUUUGUCAUUAACUGCAUAUAACCUGUAAUUACUUUUUGAAUGGUGACUAUUUUUUCUUUUCUUAAUAUCUUACAUUUUUCUUGAGUUUGAUUUUCCUUAAAUAUUUGGCUGCUCUGGAGGCAUGCAGCUUUAAUGAUUUACAGGCUUUGUACACUGUACUGCUUUCUGCCAAAGACUAAUUUUAACAUGUAUAUGAUGAUUUUACACUGUAACAGUAUUGUUUAAUGUAAUCUCAAAACAAAAUGUAACCUCCCAUUUAACCUUUAAAGACUUUACUUACUUACUUACCUUUCUUUUAGGAUAUCAUAUGUACAUGUAUUGGUAUAGUUGUUAAAAAUUGGAAGUAUUUUAUGAAUUGAUGAUAUUUUUAUUAAAUUUUGCUUAUUGUAUUAGUGUGAUUUAAGUUUUUUAUAUAACUCAUUUUAGUUUGCUUGAUGAGUUAAGUAAGAAAAUCUCACAAAUGAAUACCAGAAAAAGGAUAUUUAUUUUCUUCUUUAAGUUAUGAUCUUUGCGAACAAUUUAAAAUAUUUGAUGCACGUGAUCCAUCACCGAAGCUGAUAAUGUAAGUAUUAUUAUAAAAAAUAUUUGCUCAAUUUAUGGGUUGCUAAGGAAAAUACUUCUUUUGCAUUUAUAAAUAAUAAGGAAUAACAUACCUUACAUGGAUUUGUUUUUAUUUAUACCUGUCAGUUGGCUUUUAAAUAAUUUAAUAUUUAUUUAGUACCGCUUCCGUGGUUGAGGGGUUAGAGUUGAUGACUUCUAAUCCAGUUACCUCGCUGGCGUGGGUUCAAUCCCCUGGAGAUGCUUUGGUAGUUUAGCACGGAGGAAGGUAGUCUAGUAGUGGUGUAACUCUCCAGGAACGAUGGUUAGGAAACUACCUGCCUAUAUGACUGAAUACUGUUGGGAAAAGGCGUAAAAUGAAAAAAACAAACAAAAAUAUUUACGAUGUCAGCCAUCUGAUUAAAAUGUGUAGUGACUGCCUAAUCUGGUACUAUUAUAUUUUUACCUGGUCUUAAAACUUAAUGGUGUGUAACUGCGAGGAAGAGUUACAAGCUGACUGCCAAAAGUGUUCAAGUCAUUUUACUAGAAAUAUUUUUUUUGAACAACAUGAUUUCUUUCCUCUUUGGACUUUUACUAUUAUGUUCAAGUGAUGUGCAGCACACUUUAUAUUUUUAGAAAUAGCACACAGUACUUUGGAUCUUAUAGCAUUAUAGCCAUGUCUCAAACAGCAUCAAAACAUCAAAUGGACUUUGACUCAGUCUAUGAAAGGUUUACGAGUUGACUGCUAGGUCAGAUUAAUGCUUUGAGGCCCUUGCAGUGGCGUGUACUUUUGUUUUUGGUUUUUUUAUAGAUUACCUCAUAGUUCAACUAAUUUUGUACAAAUUUCCUUUUUCAAGUUUUGCUAGGAGCAGUGUGAUAGUUUCUUUGAGAGAAAUUUAAAUCUGCAUGUUCAUAAAUUUUUAAUGAAAAGUAUUUGUUAUGUUUACAAGUUACACAUGUAACAAGUUUUAGAGAUAUUACCUUGUUUUUCUGCGUGGUAUUGGAAUACCAGUUUUUAUCAUAACAGAAAUCAGCAAAAUCUUUUUACUGUGUUUUAUUGUUUGAAUUACACCCAGAAGGCUGUUUCUCAUUUUGCCUAGGUUUAAGUCAUAAUAUUUUUGAAUAAAUAUUUUAAAAAUGU